AUGGCUUCCCCUACGCUCCAUCAGAGACAGCGGCUUUCUGAUAAAGUGGUGAUAAUCACAGGAGGUGGCUCCGGCUACGGUGCAGGUAUUGCCGUCCGCUUUGCUGAUGAAGGCGCAAAGGUAGCAAUCACCGACAUCGAUGUUGCUCGUGGUGAAGCACUAGCUGCUUCCUCUGAGGGUAAAAUCCAUUUCUAUCAGCAAAACGUUGGCAAUAUCCAAGAUUGGCAGAGAGUGAUCACUGCGGUGGAAACCGAACUCGGGGAGAUCGAUUAUUUGAUCAACAACGCAGGAACCACUUACGCAAAUAAGCCGACCCUCGAAGUGACAGAAGAUGAUUUCGACCGUUGCUUCGACGUGAAUGUCAAGGGCAUCUUUCAUGGAACAAGGACGGUGAUCCCGCACAUGCUGAAUCGGAACCAGCGAACCUCUAUCAUCAACAUUGCUUCCGUUGGUGCCACACGCCCCAGGCCAGGCCUAGUAUGGUACAACAGCUCCAAGGCUGCAGUCUGCAAUGCUACCAAAGGCCUCGCGGCAGAAUUCGGGCCCCAUGGCAUUCGAGUCAAUUCGGUAUGCCCAUUGCUAGGAGGGACAGGACUAUUCCAGUCUUUUUCCGGACAGGCUGAUACGCCUGAAAACAGAGCCAAGUUCAUUGGCAAUGUGCCCCUCGGUCGGCUUUGUGAGCCACUCGAUGUUGCAAAUGCAUGCUUGUUCCUUGCAAGUGACGAAUCGGCAUUCAUAACAGGUGUCAAUCUAGAGGUCGAUGGAGGAAGAGCUAUAUGA